AAUACAUUUAUUUUCUCACUAUUAUUGUUAAUUAUUGUCAUCAUUAUUAUUAUUAUUAGUAGUAUUAGUAACACGUUUAACAUUUAAGACAUUGAACAUUAUUUGACAGGUUUUUAAAUAUUUGCAAAUGCAGUUUACCCUGCAGAAUUAGGUCAAUGUUCUUCUUCUUCUACCUAUUAUUAUUAUUAUUAUUAUUAUUAUUAUUAUUAUUAUUAUCAAAGGCCUUGAUGUUGCAGACAUCAGUGUUUAUCCGCUUUGCUCUUAUUACUAGCUUCAUUAUUUACUUCCAGCCCUUUUGGUGUUCACGUUUUGGACUCUAAGUGACGCUGUUGAACAAGAAUAUAAUGUCUAUCCAUAGUCUCUCUUCUGUAGUGCAGGCUUGUUCUUUUUAAGAUCACAUUAAGCUAGGCUCCGAGGGAACAGCAAGAAGCUUAUAAAUCUCGGCAAAUAACGUGUUGUUUUUUGUAGUCUUUGCUCGUGUUUUCUAGUGUUUUCUAAUAUAUACAAAGCACAUCUGGAAGAGUGGACGAUAUUGAAUUCAAGUUGGAGGAUUUUCGUUCUUUUUUCUUCGGAAAAUGUCCCUUUCCGACAUGGCGUAUCAGCAACCACUCAGCAAAUGCCGUUUACAUGUCGGACCUCAGCGGGUGAUGCUUCUUCUGUUGUUUUACUUCUUUAAUGAUGUCGCUGGUCAGAUCCGCUACUCUAUCCCAGAGGAAAUGAAGAAGGGCUCUCUAAUCGGUAAUGUAGCACAGGAUCUGGGUUUGGAUGUGAAAAGGCUCCGUUCUGGUCGGGCCCGUAUCGUGACCGGAGAAAACAUCCAGUAUACGGAGCUAAAGACAGACAAAGGGAUUCUCGUCGUGAAUGAGAGAAUAGACCGAGAGCAGCUUUGUGGAGACGUAACGCCGUGUAGUUUCAGCUUUGAAGUGAUUUUAGAAAACCCGAUGGAGCUACACCACAUAACAAUUGAGGUGUUAGAUGUAAAUGAUCAUCCUCCGGUGUUCAAGAAAUCGGAUAUUAUGUUAGACAUAAGCGAGUCAGCUAAUCUUGGGGCGCGAUUUGUGCUCGACAGUGCAGAGGAUCCUGAUGUUGGCGUCAAUGGCUUACAGAAUUAUGUUUUAACCUCAAACGACAAUUUCGUUUUAAAACAGCAUGUAAAUCCAGACGGGAGUAAAUAUGCAGAGAUGGUGCUUCAGAAGCAAUUAGACAGAGAGGAGGUUCCCCAUCUUUCUUUAAAGCUUAUAGCGGUAGAUGGUGGGAAUCCACAGAGAUCUGGCACAGUAAAUAUAAACAUAAUAGUUUUAGAUGCCAAUGACAAUCCUCCGGUUUUCAACCAGUCAGUUUAUAAAGCCACAGUGAUUGAAAAUGCAGCAAGGGGCACUAAUAUCGUUACUGUUAAUGCUACAGACGCAGAUAGCGGGUCGAAUGGUUACAUCACAUAUUCAAUUUCAAACGUGAAGAGCAACAUAGCUGAUUUGUUGUCCAUAGAUCAAGUCUCUGGUGCAUUAUUUGUUUCAGGUCCUAUAGAUUUCGAAAAGGAUAAAAAAAUAUGAGCUUAGAAUCGAUGCAAAAGAUCAGGGAGGUUUAACGGA